AGGAAGUGACGUCUGCAGCGACUUCUGGGGGCGCACGAUUACUGUAUUUACAGCAAGUGAUUCCGCAUGCAGUUGACCGAAACGCACAACCUACACGCGGGGGUAUCCACAACCCAAAGGGGACGAUAGCCAUGACGCCCUUUACUUUGACCUGUUCAUGUCUUUUAAGGAAAAAGGAUUGCUUACAGAAGUUGUUUAUUUACUGCAAUGUCUUACACACGCAGAGCGGCUUACCAUGGAACUUGAGCAACAGAGCGCCGUGGAUGGCUGGUUCAGGUCAACGGAAUUUCAGUGUCAUGUCUACCGGAGUCGGGCAGGUGUUGGCACAUCAACCCCUUAAAAACUACGCGGCAACAAUGUGUACUGGUUCCGCAGGUGGUCCAGACAUGACCAAUUGGUUAUGGUCUGUUUACAACGAGACAAAAAAACAAACAGAAGACUUGAUUCCAGUAAUAUCAAAGAACUCAGUCAACCCCGACACCAUAUUUGCCAACAAUGAGAUGAGCCUGCAGGAUAUAGAGAUCUAUGGGUUUGACUAUGACUACACCCUGGCGUUCUACUCCAGCCACCUCCACACCCUGAUUUUCGACAUUGCGCGCAACAUCCUAAUUCAAGAACACAGGUAUCCUGAGGGUCUGCGAGAGUAUGAAUACAUACCAAAUUUUGUUGUGCGAGGACUCCAUUAUGAUGUCCAGAAGGCGUUACUGAUGAAGAUUGAUGCGUUCCACUACAUCCAAUUGGGAACAGUAUACAGGGGUCUUCACCCAGUCCCAGACCAGGAGGUAGUGGCCAUGUAUGAGGGUUCCCAUGUCCCUCUAGAGAUAAUGAGUGAUUUCUAUGGCAAGAGCUCCCAUGGCCACACAAUGAAACAAUACAUGGACAUUUUCUCCUUACCAGAGAUGACCCUGCUCUGUUGUGUCAAUGACUACUUCAUGAAGCACAACAUCGACUAUGAGCCUGUCCAUCUCUACAAAGAUGUUAAGGGGGCGAUAGGACAGGUCCAUGUAAAGGGGCUCAUGUAUCGAGCUGUCGAGGCAGAUAUUGAGAAAUAUAUUUGCUACGGUGAACAGAGCCAUGCUGUACUGAAGAAGCUCUAUGAGAGUGGCAAGAAGAUGUUCCUUAUCACCAACAGCCCCUUGGACUUUGUUAACCGGGGGAUGAACUACAUGGUCGGAAAGGACUGGAGGGACCUUUUCGAUGUGGUCAUCGUGCAAGCCGACAAACCCGGCUUCUUCAACGACAGGAGGAAGCCUUUCAGACGAGUCACAGACAAAGGAGGUCUUCUGUGGGACAGGAUCCAUCGGUUAGAGAAAGGGCAGAUAUACAAACAGGGGAACUUGUAUGAGUUUCUGAGAUUAACUGGAUGGAGGGGGUCAAAGGUGCUGUACUUUGGAGAUCACAUCUACAGUGACCUGGCUGACCUGACCCUGAAGCACGGUUGGAGGACUGGAGCCAUCAUCCCAGAGCUGAGGAAGGAGAUCAAGAUCAUGAACACGGAGCAGUAUGUCCACAUGAUGACCUGGCUGCAGGGCCUCACCGGACUCAUCGAACACAUGCAGGUACACAGGGACCCAGCAUCUCAAGCCGUUGUCCAGGAAUGGAUUAAAGAAAGAGAAACCAUGAGGUCGCAGACAAAGGACAUCUUCAACGCUCAGUUCGGAAGUCUCUUCCGGACGUAUCACAACCCCACCUACUUCUCCCGCCGCCUCUCACGCUUCGCCGACAUCUACAUGCCCUCCAUCAGCUGCCUUCUCAACUACGACUUCCAGCACACCUUCUUCCCCCGGCGCACCCCCCUGCAGCAUGAGUCUCCCUUCUGGCCCGAGCAGACCAGUGCCGGGGCCUUGGACAUGCCCUUCCAGACCCACAGGACCAAAUCUGAGUAGAGCAGGGUAGGGUAGAGGAGGGGAAAGAUUCUGGGGCCAUUCCCCAGACUUCACCUGGACACGGAGCACAGACAUGGAGAUGAGCACCGCACUGACAUGUACAAGCCAUCUCCACUGCACCAUCAUAAAUACUGUACAUCGGAAAAUCAUAUAACCUGAUGAUGUGAACUGCAGCAUCUGAACUAACCCAUAUAUGUAUUUAUCAGACGACUUGAAUAGUAUUUUAACAGUGCAAGGUUUUACUAUGUAGAUUGAAUCUACUGUGUCUAUGUUGCUUUAAAUAGUCCUUGUACCAGAAAGAAACCCUCGCGCAUAUUUUGCAUGUCUUUUAUAUUGGUAUCAAGCAAAGGUAAAAGUAGAGUUGAUCACCAAAAUACAUUUUUUUUUAUUGACGUCAUGUGUAGACUUCUUUGCAGUUUAGAUCAUUGUUUGUACUGGGAGGUAGAAGAGAAAAUAGAUAAAUGUUUUUCAGUCUGGAGAUUAGGGUAGUUAAUUAGCAUGUUAUUUAUUGACAGUGUUCAGUACAGACACGUCUCUUUUGGCGGUAAGGUUCCACUUCAGGUCAGCUCUGCCCAAGAAACCCAACUUGAGACUUGGAUUUGACAUUAAUGGGAGAGAGCUAAGAUGGCUAUGAUUGGGGGGAAUUUCGCCUACAGAUUGAGCUAAUACAGAACCAAGGGUGGAGGCUGGUGUGGUGGAGGGAACAACAAACAAUUAUUCACUUGAUUUUAAGAUAUUUUAUAUAACGGACAGUAUUUACUGAAAACAUCCGUACAGUAUAGAUUGUCAUAUAUUGUAGAGGGGAUGUUAAAGGUGCCUGUGUGCCGGAGGCCUGUAUGUGAGUAGGUAUAUACCGUAUAUAUGUAUAUAUACACCUACGGAGUGAGUUUAACCGAUCUACACUGGCUACAUUUGGUAUGAUUGUCUGAUAUCAUCGUUGCUGCUUUUUCCUAUUGUCUUCGUACUGUAUCUUGCCCUGUUUAAGAUUGUCCUUGCCCUUCAUGAUGGAUCAGUAAGUCUCAGCUUUCUUUGUUGAGAUUUGUGUGAAGUUAAACAACUAUAUUAUAUUAAUAACUCCACUUUCUAGUACAAACUCAACUGCCUUAAGCUUUUUGUCAUUGAAACUAAAACUGCAGUAUGUUUAUGCUUUAAGACAAAUACCAGUAGUUUUGUUUGUGUGUACCAUCCAUGAUCAAACUAAAUGGUUUAUGGACAGUUCUUGAAACUGUAGCUCUACGGAGACUACUGGCCCUGCCAGUUCAAACAUGGGCUGUUCCUUUUUUUUUUAGGAAAAGGACAUACGGUAUAUAUUGAAAAUGUUUUAUAUUCAAAUUGAAACGUAUAGACUUUUCUGUCAAGCUAAAGAAUUGACUUAUUAUGGGUAAAAUAAUUUGAAUGACUAAUUUGCACAGAAAUUCGUGAACUGAAGUUCUUCAGUAUUUUGUAGGAAAACUAUUAAAACGUUUUUUAGAGCUUUUGUUUUGGAAGAAAAGGGAAACGUUAUAAAGGUGGAAAAUGUGGACAGCUUUUGGGUUACGUACGUUUUAUGGAUUUUGGAAUGAGUACAAUUUAUUAGAAGUGUACUUUUGUCCUUAUUUAUUAAAACAUAUUACUUUGGCAGAAUCUCAAUGCAU